GGAGGUAAACAUGGCGGCGGUCGGACCUCUAGCAAGAAUGGCCAGGCUGGGCUCCAGCAUCUGCAAGAACCACCGUUUAUUAUUUAACAGAAACUCACAGAGACGAGGAAUAGCUUCUUGUAUCGACCCUAGUUAUGGACUCACAGAUGAACAGAAGGAGUUUCAAAAAGUGGCCUUUGACUUUGCAGCUAAUGAAAUGGCUCCACACAUGGCAGAAUGGGACCAAAAGGAAAUGUUUCCAGUGGAGACGAUGCGUAAAGCAGCCCAGCUGGGCUUUGGUGGCAUCUACGUUCAGCCAGAUGUUGGAGGAUCAGGCCUUUCUCGGCUGGACACAUCGGUCAUCUUCGAGGCCUUGUCCACAGGAUGUGUCAGCACCACAGCCUACAUCAGUAUACACAACAUGUGUGCCUGGAUGAUAGACACUUUUGGCAAUAAUGAGCAGAGGGAGAAGUUCUGUCCUGAUCUCUGUUCGAUGGAAAAGUUUGCAUCCUACUGUCUCACUGAACCAGGCAGCGGCAGUGAUGCUGCUUCACUUCUGACCACUGCACAGCAGAAAGGCGACCAUUAUAUCUUAAAUGGCUCUAAGGCCUUCAUCAGUGGAGGAGGAGAUACAGACGUCUAUGUUGUGAUGUGCAGAACAGGAGGUAAAGGACCUAAAGGCAUCUCGUGUUUGGUGGUGGAGAAGGGGACUCCAGGUCUCAGCUUUGGCAAAAAGGAAAAGAAGGUGGGCUGGAACUCUCAGCCGACCAGGGCGGUGAUAUUUGAGGACUGCCCGGUUCCAGUGACCAACCGGCUUGGUGAGGAAGGACAGGGCUUCGGCAUCGCCAUGAGAGGCCUGAAUGGAGGCAGGAUUAAUAUUGCUUCCUGUUCUCUCGGGGCAGCACAUGCCUCUGUGCAGCUGGCGAGGGAUCACCUGUUGGUACGCAAGCAAUUUGGAGAGACGCUCUCCAACAACCAGUUUCUUCAGUUCAAACUGGCAGAAAUGGCCACUAAGUUGGUUGCUUCUCGCCUUCUGGUGCGCGAAGCUGCGACGGCGCUGCAGGAGAGUCGGCCUGAUGCUGUUUCCCUCUGCUCCAUGGCCAAGCUCUUUGUCACAGAUGAGUGCUUUAAUAUCUGCAACCAGGCUCUUCAGAUGCACGGCGGCUACGGUUACCUCAAAGACUAUGCAGUGCAGCAGUUUGUUCGGGACAUCAGAGUCCAUCAGAUCCUAGAGGGAACCAACGAGGUGAUGAGGAUGAUCAUUUCCCGAAAUCUGCUGACAGAGUCAUGAUGAAUCUUUUCCCCUGGACCUUCAAUUGACCAUAUUGUUGUGGUCUUCAUAUCUGGUUUGUUACUGUUUGAUUGGUCCUCAAUUUCUCUCUGCAUCAUGGUUUUUUCCAUAGGUGGCACAAAUUGUGGGAGAAUUUGGGAUGAACUAGUCAGGAAAGCAUAGAUUUUUCUAGUGUAAUAUUAGAUUUGUUGUUUCAUUUCUUGCUACACUGGUGACAAGGCUUCUGGGACGGCAGUGUUGAUCUAUGAUCUGCUGGACGACACAGGUCCACAGGGAAAUAACUGCAGUAGCUGCAUGGAUUUCCAGGUAAAAUAUAGACAAUAUUGAUUUGUGGCUCAUACAGGAGGAAUCCAGUCACCAUCACUGGCCUGACCGCUGACCUUUCAUGUAGCGUAGCUGUACUUCAAGAUCAAUGCUAAUGUAGCAUGCUAAACAUUAGCAUUCAGCUCGUAAGUACAGACAGUGUAGAUGAAGAACAUUUUAUUUAAGUACAGAAUGCACAUGAUGAACACUAACAAUGCUGGUUACAAAGUCUCAUGUUCCCUGACUGAUUUUAAGAUGGCAAAUUAUGACCACUGUACAUGAGCUAAAAAACAAACUUUAGUUUUUUAUCACAAUUCUCAGCCAUUUCUCUGGCUCAACCUCCAAAGUGGUAAGAAUCUAAAUAUAUAUCAGUUUGGAUUUUUCAUUCAGAAAAUGUGGCUCCUGUGAAGCUUCUUGUUUUUUGUUUUUUUUAAAAACAAAAAGCUGCUUUUUACAACAGUUUAACUCAGUUCAUGAGGAGGUUUGGAUUCUUUUGUCCGUAACAGAUCUUGGAUACGGUUGUUCUGCAUCAAAUGCAUUCAUUGCAUCCGUCUCUAAAGUGGCCUUUCACAGCAUAUUUAUAUUCAGUGCCACUGUAUUGUUACUGUGUUUUGCCCUGUUUUGUGUUCUGUAGUCUCCAAAAUGAUAGAACUAUAUGGGUUUUGUAUCGUGGGUUAUGUACUGAAAUGUCACUUUGCCGAUCACACUCCAAAUAAAAUUAUCUCAACAUAA